UGAGCCCCCACUCCCCCUGAUCAGAAAGAACCCUUCUUAAUUAAUCCCGUAAAGCAUAUUACUGAUCCAGGAAUGGCGACAAUAUCUCAACGUAAGUUAACAAUAUGGAUAUCCAUCAUUCCCCUUCUCCUAUCUGUUCCCAUCUUUGGGAUGUCCAUUCAUAUGCUCAUCAAUUCUUGUGCCAAGAUGAAACCCCUCCCAGAACUGUUCGCACUCUACGGCCUUGCUAUGUUUGCAAUAGGCUUCUUUAGCUGCUGCGGAGUCCUGUGUAAGGAUUCCGGAUGCGCUGUUUCAGCUACAGUCAUCAUGCCUUUUGCCUUGUUAUUCAUGAUCGGGUUUAUCGUUUUCCUGUGUCUCGCCUCCCGGUACUCAGGCUCUCCCGAGCGGGAGCCUGACAGGCCGGGUUACGUCCAUUACCGUUUCGACCACUUCUCGUCUUGGCUUCGAAAUAAGGUCAGCGGUUGGUAUAACUGGGAUCGAGUCAUAACUUGUGCCGCUCCUUCGGGCUCUUGCGCUGACUUGAAUCAUGCUUACUCCUUGCCUCAACAGCUAUUUGCUGCACACCUCACCCACUUACAGUCUGGAUGUUGUGUCCCUCCUGCAAAAUGUGGCUUCACUUUUGUGACCCCAACGUAUUGGGUAGCUGCUACAACAAACAACCAAGCCGCUGCCACACCAGACGGUGACUGUGAGAAGUGGAACAAUGACCAAAGCAAGCUCUGUUUCAAUUGUGAUUCUUGUAAAGCGGGAGUACUGGCCGAUAUGAGGAAGAAAUUGAUAAUCGCAAAUAUCACCAUGAUUGUUACCUUUGUGGUAUCAGUUCUUGUUUGUGCCUUUAUGUGUUUUAAGUGUGAGUCGAUCUUUCAUGGAUGAUGAAUGGGAUAUUUGACCCAAACAAGGAUAUAUAUUGCCCAUAUUUAGCAGUUUGUUUGGAUGCCCGAUAGAUCGGCUACCCCCUAUAGAUCUGGCGUUCUGGCAUAUAUAGUUUAAGAGCCCGUUUGGCAAUCUUGUUUUUUGGCUUAUCGGGCUUAUCAGCCAACCUUUUCACCAAACACGUAAAUUAUGCCUGCGCGCGUUGGAUUGUGU